UCCAAUCCUGAAAUUAGAUUUCUAGUUCAGUGUGUAAAUAAGAGCAAUACUAAACUUUUUUAAGGCAUUUACCAUUAUAUCCUGAUCGAGGAUAGAUAUAUAUGUUUUGACAAAGCGGUUUUGAAAAAGUCCAGUCUACAAGAAUUCCACUGUCACGGUGUCAACCAUGUCUAGUAGAAUCGUAACUGAUCGUGUAAGAGCUACAAGCGCCAAAGGAGUGAGCGUGGAGGAAUCUCAAGCUGGAUACACUAUCUGGGCAAAAACAUAAGAGCAGGAAUAUAAGGAGGCGGGUGUCACAUUUCAAUCGAAAGUAUCAGAAUACUUAAGUUCUUGUAUCUCACCGGAAGAACGAGCAGACGUUCGAAUCAUUGAUGUAGGUGCAGGGACAGGUAGCCUCGCAAAACAUCUAAUCCAAAUCGGAUUUCGGCAUAUUGAUGCUCUAGAUCCUUCAGAAGAUAUGUUGAAGGAAGCAAGAAAGUACGAUCUUUAUGAAAGUUAUUACAUAGAAUUUCUGUCAAAGAAUCCUACAACAAUACCUGCAGACACGUACGAUGCUCUAGUUGGCAGUGGUAUCUAUGGCGAGGCUGCCCAUGUGCCAAGUGAAGCUUUAUUUGAAAUGAUAAGGCUUGUUAAACCAGGUGGGUACAUUGUUCUGACAACAAGACAUCAUCUUGUGACUGACGGAAUUGCUUAUACAGAUCUUGAGCCUCUGAUGGACAAAUUGGAGACGGAUGGAAGGUGGAGGAAGAUAUCACGUGACAUAUAUUCCGGAUGUUAUUACGAUCUAGAUGGAAUAAUUUGGUGCUAUCAAGUUUUGUGAAUGUUGAUACGCGGUUGACCUCGUCAUAAAAUGUAAUAUUACAAAUAUUAUCACCUGUAGCACAAUUAUUCAUAUACAAGCGACUAAUAUAAACAGCUUAAAUAUUCACAUAAUCUUAAAAGUAUAUAGCCUUCGCAUAUACAAAACAAUAUCUAAAUUAAAUUUUCAAAAUAGAUUGCAGUGUUGAUGAAUGUAUAAAAAAAACCCACACAUUAACAAAUUUGGAGAAUAUUUCCUCAUUCAUUUGGCUUAUUGUAGUUGCGUAAAUAAAGAUUGUCAUAACCUUAAUUUUAAUUUACAAAUGUAAGUACUUUGUCAAGUGUGAAAAUAGCAAAUUUGUACACCAGAACAUGAUGACUUUUGCGUAUCAGAAUAUUUGUUCAAAUAUAUCAAUAUUAGCAAGUAGUAAAUAGUUUAUAAUUCUUUCAAAAUCCUCAGAUAACCUUUGAGCAGAGAUAUGAAUGCGAAUUAAAAUGUUUAAUCUUUGCU